CUGGACCUGCAUACUCCCUCAGAAGCUGCAAGGAGUGCACGAUUGACGGAUGUGUAAUUUUUCACCGUCUGGAAGUUUAUUAGAAAUUUUUAAUUGGUCUGAAAAGUGUUGCUCUUUGGUUUUGAAAUUGUGCCAUUUUGUGCGUUGAUUGUGGUGGAAGAUGAAUUCGUUGGAAAAUUUUCGAUUGUGACGCGAAAUAAUGUGGAAAAUCGUGUUUUUUCUUCUUCACUUUCAGACGGGACGAUGCUGCCAGACACGCCAGGAUGCAAUUGCGACGGAAUCCAACAUGGAUGCACCACGCCUGCUAAUUAAUGAUUUUUUCGUUGCAGGAAAAUUUAAAACCGAAAAAUGCAAGCAAUUGUUGUUAAUGAUUUUUGAAAUUUUCAGCUUCCGUAACAUCUAGUUGGCCGUGCCCGUACUAAUUUGACGUUUUUCAAAUCCCAACCCAGAUGAUUCCGGCGGUCUCAAGCUGGCCACGUCGAUUCACCAUCCGCUGUUUGGGAGUGGGGCGUGCCGCUGGCCAGGUUGCGAGCGGAUUUUCGACGAUUUCGACGAAUUUUACAACCACCUCCAGUCGGACCACAUCAACGGGGACUAUUCCGCGGCGCAGGCCCGCAUCCAGAUGGAGGUGGUCUGCCAGCUGCAUCUCCAACUCCAGAAGGAACGGGACCGCCUCCAGGCGAUGAUCCUACACCUGAACAAGAAGAACGAGAUGGCGGCCCGGAUUCCGAUGGCCGGCGCCGGUCCGUUCGUGCCGCAGAUUCCACCGCCACCCCCGCCCUACGAUUUGAUCGCCGGACUGCGUUUUCCGCCGGCGGCGGUCGGAGGACCGGACGGACCAGGGGGAAUGGUCGAAGCAGUCGCGCUGCAACUCACCAACAAGCAGCAACAGUCGCAGCAGCAGCAGGCGUUGCAUCACCAUCACCAUCAGCAACAACAAUCGCAGCAGGCUGGGGGAGCUGGUGGAAAGUCGUCCAAAGGAGGAGGCGGUGCGGCAGCGAUGAGGGCGAAAUACUUUGGAUCGCAGGAGGCGCAGGAUGGAGGAGUCGGUGGAGCUGGCGGACCGGGAUUCAAGGAGAUCAACUAUCCGGAUGUGCAGGACGUGGAAAUGUUUCUAGAUGUGCACAAGAAUCGGGAGUUUUACCGGAGCCACGACGUGAGGCCGCCGUUUACGUACGCGUCGUUGAUUCGGCAGUCAAUAAUCGAGUCCCCCGAGAAGCAGCUGACGCUGAACGAGAUCUACAACUGGUUCCAGAACACGUUCUGCUACUUCCGCCGGAACGCCGCAACGUGGAAGAACGCCAUCCGGACGAACCUGUCGCUGCACAAGUGCUUCGUCCGGUACGAGGACGAUUUCGGCUCGUUUUGGAUGGUGGACGAUCACGAGUUUCUGAAGCGGCGCCACCUGUCCCGGGGGAGGCCCCGCAAGUACGACAUUACGAUGGCACUGGAGGCUGAGGCAGAUCACCAGCAGCAGCCUACUUCGAUUGCGACGACGACGACGACCAUGGCAGGUGACAGUUUGCCGGCUUUGAUGGUGGGCGGGCCAACGCCAGGUUGCUACGAUGAUGUGACUGGAAGUGGGCUGAGGACGCCGAAGAAAGAGUUUGCGAGACGGUAAUUUUUUGGAAUUUUGUUUUGCUUUGCUUUGAUUGUUGGGGUGUAUUAUGAGUUGAGUAUUGGGUAAAAAUGAAGUAAUCGUCGACAAUGCAGUGGUUAUAUUUCAUAAUGAACGCCAAAAUGAGUAAUUUUCUACAGAUUUAUUUAAAUAUGGUUUAAUGAUGAUUAUUAAUCAAUUUUUACAAAAUUUCUAAAAUAUAAUUCCUACCAGGUCCAUGGAUAUCGAUGUCAUCCUACAAGUCAAGACAAUCUCUUACGCACAGGUUUAUAAAAAUUUGCAGUAUUUCUAGUUUCUUUACAGGCAAAAUGACGAUUUUAAACUUCUUCUGAAAAAAAUG